ACCCUGUGGCGUGGUUGUGUGUCAGUUUCGCUGGGUCCCGCGGUCGAUGCCGGCGAGGAGGGGGAUGGGCGCCUCGGCGAAAUGUAAGGACCCGAGACAGAAUCAGAGCCCUGUAUCACAUACAGCAGCAUAUACCCCAUUAUAAAUAGCGACUGUAAAUAUAACAAACACUACAAUAAAUGGAUUUUUCCAACGGGGAUCUAUCAUAGCACCUCAAUGGAUGCAGUACACCCGAACAGGACAGGGAAUUUAACUUUCCGUCUAUGCGUGGGAGACACUGAGAAGUUUGUUUUCUACCCCUGGAGAGGGAGCUACUUUUGAGGGCAAGGAUACAGGAGACUCCGAGGCCGGACUACAGGCCUACUGGUCUGCUUGGAUUUGAUGUUGGGAUACUCUAAGGACUUGCUACUGUACAUGAACUUACCUUGCUUGAACAAGUUUGGAAUGCCUCUUUAGGUCCCCCAUGACCGUCAGCCGUGGGCUACGGCUCGGCGGCGCCCCACCUCUGGAGUGGUCUGCCGCUGUAGUUGGGACCCUGUGAUUCCUCUUGUCACCUCCUCUCCUCCCCCUCCCCCAUCCCAUCCUGUCCCUCCCCGCCCCCUCCCCCUCCUUCCCCCUCUUCCCCCCUCCCUCGCGACGCUGUGCAGGACGUCAUGAGCAUAGUAAUCGCGCUGGGAGUCACCACACCUGAAACGUCUUACUCAGAUAUGGCUGCUGGAUCAGACCCUGAGUCAGUUGAAGCAAGCCCUGCCGUGAAUGAGAAAAACUACAACAACCACAGCUGUGGGAGCGCACAGAGUCAUGGGUAUCGGGGACUACCAUAUGCUAUGCAACAGUCUUCCGUUGUGUGUUGUCAGGAUCACAACUAUGGCGCGCCCCCCCCUACCCCACCCGCCUCCCCGCUCUCCCAAACCAUCAUUCCCCGCAUGGACCUCAAUGGCGUGGUACGCGGCUCCCGCUACCACGAAACUACUGAGGACAACUCAGCCGACAGCGACAGUUCCUCCGAUGAGGAUGGGGCUGUCGCCAGCUGGUGUCACUGCAGCCUGACGCCGGACGGCCUGCUCAUCAAAUGUGACAACUGCAGGGGACUAGACAGGAGGAAAGGAGCAGAUGGCCAACACAGAAAGACAGAAAAUGUGUCAGCUGGAGAGAGCAGUGCCACUGAGAGCGGUGAUGAGGAGGUGUCGCCCUCCACCAUCUCCUACACCGCCACCCAGCAUACGCCCACCAGCAUCAAACUGACUGUCAACCGAGUGAAAAGAAGCAAAUCCAAAAAGCGGAAGAAGAGCACGGAGAAGGCCCGAGGAACGCCCAAGGGCAAGAAGGUGAAGGCUUUCAGAGAGGGCUCAAGAAAGUCCAUGAGGAUGAAGAACUCAACCACUGAAGCCAACGUGUUGGACGAGAACACCACAGAGGGAUGGGAGAGCAGGAUCCGCCAGUGGACGGACCAGUAUGAGGAGGCUCUGGCCAACCAGUACAGUGCUGAUGUCCAGACACUCCUCCAGCUUCAUCGUACCGCCAGCACCACUGUCUCAAAGACGGAGAGCAGCAGUGCCACACCACCUCCCCCCGACACACAGGUCCAGGCCUCUGUGGACGCCAUGGACACCAUUAACCGCACGGAGCUGGCCUGUAAUAACACAGUACUGGGCUCACAGAUGCAGCUCCAGUUGGGGCGGGUCACACGUGUGCAGAAACACAGGAAGAUCCUCCGAGCAGCAAAGACCCUGGAACCAGAAACCCUCAUCAUUGAAUAUCGAGGAAAGGUCAUGCUCAAACAACAGUUUGAGGUCAGGCACUUCUUCAAAAAACCCUACCCAUUUGUGCUGUUCUACUCCAAGUUUAACGAUGUAGAGAUGUGUGUUGAUGCGAGGACCUUUGGAAAUGAUGCUCGCUUCAUCAGGAGGUCGUGUACGCCCAACGCUGAGGUCCGGCAUAUGAUUGCUGAGGGCAUGAUCCAUCUAUGUAUCUACGGUGUCAGUCAAAUCACAAAGGAUGCAGAGGUCACUAUUGGAUUUGACUACGACUUUAAUAGCUGUAAUUACAAAGUGGACUGUGCCUGCCACAAAGGCAACCAGAACUGCCCAGUGCAAAAGCACAACCUGAGCCCCCGGGAGAAUUUGCUGAGUCCCCCCUCUCUGCCGCCUCCCUCCACUCUGGUGGGUGCCGAGACACGGCGGAGGAAAGCUCGGAGGAGAGAGCUGGAAGGCUGCGGUUCUGGGGACAGCAACCACACCCAGGACCAGAACCAGGAGGCCAAAGAAAUGCUUGGGACCAGCGAUGCAGAGGAGAGACUGCUAGAUGAGAUGAAGCUGGAAGAUGGCGAGGAAGGAGAGGUGGAUGAAAAUGGGGUCCCAGUCUCCAGUAAGAGGACAUGUAACCCCUUGGAGAGGAGGCGCAAAAGAAUGGGAGGAGCAGAGGCGAAGGAGGAGUGUGUGGAAACCGAAGACGGGGCAGGAAACCCUGUAGGGAACACCCCAACGCCCAGCAAUGCUGGAGUCGGGGUCAGCACUCGACGCACCACCUACGUGAUGGACACACCAUCCAUUGAAGAAAAGACCUCAUUAAACAACCUCACUGCCCCAGCUGCUCCCCCGAAACCCCCACGACCCGCCAAGCCUCGACCCAAGAGCCGGAUCUCUCGCUACCGGUCCAGCUCGUCCCAGCGUGCCCGGCGGCAGCGCCAAGCCCUCGCCCAGCAGGCAGCAGCCGCAGCUGCAGCAAUGGCAGCCACCCCGUCAUCAGCUGAUCUGAGCGCUGCUCAGGAUGAAGAGGGAUCUCAGGGCCCUCAUGGUGCUGAUCAGGAGAACAGUCUAGGCAGUCAUCUCUUUGACGGAGAUGGUCAGAGUCUGAACUGCAUUAACAGAGGCAAUUUGCGCUACCCCAAGACAAAGAAGUAUCUAGUCACAGAGUGGCUGAACGACAAGAUCCCUGCAGGCGACAAGCUUCACCAAGAGGUGCCCGUCGAGCGCCCGCUGCGGAUAACCACCGACCCUACAGUGCUGGCCACCACCCUGAACAUGCUCCCAGGCCUCUCUCACUCGUCUCUAAUCUGCACCGCACCAAGACACUACAUCCGCUUCGGCUCCCCCUUCAACCCAGAGAGACGCCGGCCCCGCCCGCUCCAGAUAGACGGCACUUAUGGCUGCUUCAAAAAGAGAUGGUUAAAACAGCUGGAGGAUGAGAGCAGCUCAGCCAGUGUAGAGGAUGGCACCGAGUCCACCUCCUCCCAGCAAAGCACCAGUAGCAGAUCCACCCCCAACCCCCUGUCUACUGAGGUCAACGCACCUUUUAAGAAGCGUCGUUCCAAGUAUAUAUCAGAGACACCAGCACCUCUGGACCACCUGCUUCGCCCACUGUCACCCAUCACACCGCCCCUUCCUGACGACUCCCUCCUCAGGCUGGCCCAAACCCCCUGUGGAUCCCUGCUGCCAAAUGGCCUGGUCUACUCACCCAUGCCCUCCCUCCCCGCCAGCCGCUGCAACACACCGCUGCAAUUUGAAAACAUAUCAUCCCCUGAGGCGUCUCCUGUUCAUCGACCAGAGUCCAUCUCUCCUGAGCCGUGUCUGCAGACGGACUUUGAAGUCCCCCGGCCUCAGUUCCCAGACCUAUCCCUCCCCUGCAGCCUGGAGAGCCCUGUGGCUGUGACCAUAGAUGACUUUUCCCUUCUUGGAGGCCCCGAUUCCCAGGGCACAUCUUCUUUAGGGGCAAGUUCCCUGAACACAGCGCCCUGCCCCUCCUCCUCGGACCUAACCCCCCAGAACAGGGAGCAGGCCUUCCGGACAGAGUUCAACCUCAUAUACACCUGCUCGCCCCUCAAUGCAAAUCUGGGGAACCCUGUCGCCACGGACCGCCGCCUCUCCCAGUCAGAAGGAGGCUUCUCCCCGGCAGAGUCCUUCCACAGCUCCAUCAGCGGCCAGGGGCUGCUGGGAGAUGUGGGCCAGGGCUCCAUGUCACCCUAUGGCGAGCCUCAUUACGGUGCGGGCUAUCCAGAUAGUGGCACGCCUCCUCACACCAGCAACCCACCACAAAAGAAGAAGAGGGCCAACCAGCAUACCAUUAGUCUGCUGACAGGGAAGCCAGAUUACCAGGCUAUAGCAGUAAGAAGUGAAUACAAGCCAGUACAAAAUAUGGUGUCUUUGCUGGAGUACCGAAAGAGGAAGCAGGGCAGUGGACGGGACAUAGAGCCGGCCGGAAACAGCUCGUCUCUGGGCAGCACCCCCACCCGACCUGGCUCCCACUACAGCCAGGAGUCCCAUCAUCCUCAUCCUCAGCCUCAUCCUCAUCCCCUUCCCCAUCCCCAGCAGAUGCAGCGCUCUGCCUCUCCGCAGAGCUCCUCCUUCAGCUCUACAGCACUCACACCCUCCAUCCCAGAGGUAGAAGAGGUCAGUCCUCCAGACCACCAGGGCUCGUCAGGGCAGCCCAGACGGCAGGACAGCAACAACCAGUGGAUGGUCCCCACGACUGUGGAGCGUCUAAGGGAAGGUCAGGGGGUCCUGGAGCGAGUGCUAAGAAGCAUCAAGCUGGAGCGAAACUACAAGAGUGGUGACGGCUCGACAGAGAAGGAAUCCGAUGCAGAUCGAUACGACAUGCCGGCAGCGGCCAUGUCCUCUCCCAUGAAGAGUCCACAUAGAUACAGUCCCUCUGUGUACUCACACCAGCAAACCUCCAACUCUCCAUUCCGGGGUUCCUGCAGUCCCUCAUCAGGUCAAAGCUUCCAUCCGCGCCUCUCCUCCUCUCACCCAGGGCUGUCCCAGGACCACCACCCUCCUUCCUCCUACCCCGCUCACCCCCCAACCACCUCCUCAGACUCCCGGCCACCAGCGGGCUCCCUACACCAGCAGAGUGGCAGCAGUAACGUGGACGGAGGCCACGGCUACAGCACCAGCCACUUAAAAGCAAGCCUUUUGAACAGCAGUGGCCUGGUGGGGUCUCCCACCCAAGGACCCAGGGCCCAAGGGCAGACUAAACUAGACUCAGGUGCCCAGGCCUCUAAAGGGAGUCAGUCACAGGCGUCUUGCAGCCUUAAGUCAGGCAGCCCGGGUCAGACGGCGCUGCAGGCCGGCUCCAAGCUGCCGUCACCCUCCGGACAGAUCCGCUACUCCCAGAGAGGGACGAGCCUCAGCCAGUACCUGCACGCCCUGUACGGACCAGGAGUAAGGACACAGUCAGGAAGCUUUUAGGACCUUUGUCAAGUGUAUGUGCAAGUGUGCGUGCGUGCGUGAGUGUGUGAUGCUGCGUACCUCCUCGACCCCUAAAGCUGCGGAGAGACAGGGUUCAGGGAGUUUGGGGAGGGGAAAUGUACAGACCUACAGGAGCAAGGACUUCUUCGUGGAUUUCUCCUUUUCUUAUUUUCUGUCUCUUUCUUUAUUUUCAGAAAAACUAAAAAAAAAAACAAAGUGACCACAUUCUGCUCAAAGCUAAUCAUUGACUUUGGACGUCAUUACAGAAUCGGUGGGAAAAGUGAUUUGGACUCAAAAAAAAACAAACAAGAAAUCACAUGUAACUUGAAAUUCUCCCCAGUGUGUCCUCAUGUGCCGGACUGUGCAAACAGGCUCUAAAAUGUCUGGAAAGUACAAACUUCCACACAAAUGUCUGUACAAAGUUAUAAAAAGCCGUACCUGUUGUCAUGGUACGCAGGUUGGAUUAAUGCUUAGAUGUAACUGAAGCAAGAGUUGUUUUAUUUUUAAUUUUUUUUUGUCAGCGUUGUUUUUUUUCUGAUUUGGCACGUUGCUGAGUCUGUGCUGCAGUAAACAAGUGUUUGAUUUGGAAAGAGGGGGAAAUGUUUCAAAGGUGACACGUUAAUCAUCCGUUUUAAAGAUGCAUUAGAGAGGAAGGGGAGGAGGAGGAGGAGGGGGAGGAAGGGUUUCUCCCACGAUAGGAUCAUUCCAUAUGAUUACCAGCUUCCAUGUUCUCUCACCGAACACGGAAAAACAACCCUUUUUUUGUUCUCGAGGCUCUCUGUCUGUUCAGAGGUUCUGUUGAUUUGGGUUCUUUUCUGUUCUCUCAUCCCCACUGGACUGUUUUUGAUUUCACAUUAGGACUACUUCACUGUAGACUUCUGAUAUUGUACUUGAGACAAACAGGUCUUAUGAUUCAUGGUGCUGCAUUCUUGUUUUUUUUUUCCAAUAAAUCUGAAAUCCAGUUAUGUUCCCCACA